GCGUGUGACGGUGUGAGUGGAGCAGAUAAACGGAGGAUUGUGGGUGUUCACCUUGUCUGGGUGUGUCCACUUAAAAACUGGAGGUACUGGUGGUGCAUUUUCACUCCUGCGUCUGCUGCUGCUGACGGUCACGAUGGAUCUGCUCGCUCUGAAGUUGCUUCUUCUUCUACUUUCUUUUACCGGGUGCUCUGUUGGGCAGGAAAUCCUCCCGGAAGGUCCGGUGGACGCACUUUUGGGUAAAAAUGUGACUUUGGAAGUCCUGUAUAAAAAGGAUGCAGGGGACGACGUAAUCUGGAAUUACAGCGAUGGACAAGAUGCACUAAAUGUCGCUACUUUACGUGGAGGACGGCUGACUGUCAGCGUUACUUAUAAGGACAGAGCUUUUAUUAACGACACCAACGGUUACCUGACUCUGUCCUUCCUCAAGUCAAAGGACAGCGGGGAUUAUUCCAUCACUGUUUUAACGCCAGGCGGUGCGGUAACUGGAGAGAUUAAACUCAGAAUUAUUGAGCCGGUAGCUGACAUUGCCAUCACGUCCAACCUGACUGAAGCAAUUGAAAUCAACAGCACUGUGGCUCUUACUUGCUCCGUCAAAGGCAACUUCCUCAAGCUCAGCUGGUUCAACAUUACCACGCCCAUCACAGUUGACGGUGUCCGGCUGUCCCUGAAAGAAGAGGCAUUAUCUAGCACGCUGACCAUCAGAGGUGUCCUCAGGUCUGAUCUGGUUGGUCCUAUCUACUGCGAAGCAAAGAAUCCACUGCAGCGAGUGAAGAGUAAUCCUUUCAAUCUUACUGUCUUCUACGGACCAGAUGAUGUCACGAUCAAACCCACCAAACAUGGCCCAUACAUCCGGUCCAAAUCUGACUUUAACCUGACCUGUUCGACCCCCUCCUUCCCACCUGCUACCUUCACCUGGUACUACAACAACAGCCAGAUACAGACCACUGGUCCUGUCCUUACUCUGAAAACUAUUGAAGAUCAGGGAUUUGGACAGAAAGAGGGUAACUACACAUGCAGGGCCCAAAACACCAAGACCAUGCGCUAUGGCGUCUCUCCUGCCAUCAGGUUUUCUGUGACUGAGCCUAUUUCCGGUAUUAACAUUACCGGUCCAACAACUCCCCUCAUCGCCGGAAACAGCACGGCCAACCUCAGCUGCCAGGCGACAGCGGGUAAAGUGAUGGAAAGGAUCUGGAUCAAAGAUGAAGCACCUCUGGCUGCCAGUUCUAGGGUGGUGUUUUCUGAUGACAAGAGCUCUGUUAUGAUCAACCCACUGCAAAAAGAGGACAAUGGAAAGUACUUGUGUGUGCUCAAGAACCCCGUCAGUGAAGAAAAAGCCACCUACAUGAUGACUGUCAACUAUGGCCCUGAAUCAGUGGAGUUGAAGGGUAAACCUGCAGUAGAAGUAGAGGACAAAGUGGAGCUCAAUUGCCUUGUUAAGUCAGUUCCUCCUGCAGCAUUCAUCUGGAAGCUGAACGGCACAGUGAUCCCAGUCAAUGCAAUGACACUGACCAUCGAGAAGGCCCAAUACAAAGAUUCUGGAAUAUACACAUGUGAGGCGUACAAUGCCAUGACUGGCAAGAGAGCCACUUCCACCUCUCAUACUCUCAGUGUCAAAGAGGAAAUCCAUGAAGGCCUCACAGAUGGAGCUAUCGCUGGAAUCGUCAUCGCCUGCCUUGUUGCAGUUGGAGCCGCCAUUGGCGUGUUCUUUUACUGCCGGUCGAAAGUACCGGCAGAGUCACCCUACUAAAGACGUUCUUUCAUACUGCUGGCUCAAACAGCCCGCUAAAUUUCUUCUUCAUGAUCCUCUCAUGGAGCCAGGAGGAGCCCUCAGGUGGAUUCAGCUGCUUUUAUCUGAGGCGCGUGUCCAACCGGCCAUCCCGUCGUCCCUCUCUCUGUCCAAGACAACAGAAUUUGAUUUUACCCAAACGUGGAUUACAUUUACGGAUUUUAAUUGUGUGCUGUUGUUUUUUUUUUUUUACACUUUUAGAGUUUUUUUUUCCCCCACCCCCUACCACAAACCCGUCCACCACCCGCCCAAUUGGAUCAGCUCCUUCUCUCUUCUUUCUCUUUCAUGUGUUAACAAAAAUCAUCCCUCAGCUUCUGUCCCCACCUCCACCCCACUUCCUUCAGGAAGCUCAGAACACAGGAGAACUCUUCAAUGGAGACGUUUCCUGGACUAAAGCUGAUGGACUGAUGAUUGUGAUGAGUGACUGUCUUUAUCCUGCUGGAAACCUGAGGAGAACACACACAAAAACACACACAUAGUAAUACCAAACUACUGCGAUAUCACACAUGCACGGGUGAUCACAAGCUUAGAGGCCACACAUGAAGACGUUGAGGUUUUGGGUCAAAAUAAUGUCUGAAAUUUUGUUGUGGUUUGAUUUAUCUCACUUCCUGUGCCAGGUGGAUGAAGUUUACCUGAUAGGGGGUGAUUCAAGUGCAGUGGAGGAUUUUAAUUUUAGAUUUUUUUUUUUUUUUUUAGCUCUGAAGCUUUAUUGGUGGUCACUUUGAUGAAAGAUACCUCAGUUUGUUUGGUGCUCACUACUUUGUAAGACAUUUUCUGGCAUUUCUGCUCAGUUGAUAUUGUUUCUUAUCUUCAUUGCCCCCCUGCUUUUCUUAUCACUUCUGCCUUUAUAACAUUGAACACAACAAUGUUAGUAAAUAAUUCAGUAUCAUGGGUUGCAGCAGUCACCUCUGACAUGUUUUAGCUAUUUAAAAGCUAGUAGAAUGCGACAACGUCCAAUCAGAAGAGAUCCAAACAGAUAUUUAGUGUCAUCUUACAAUCUUCAGUUACAAAGGCCCCAUCAUGCAGCGUGUCAAGCAUGACCUGAUCUUUUACGUUACCUUGUUUAGCAUCCAAACAGGAAACACAUUCAGCUGGCAGCUUUAUGGAUCCUCAGCUAAAACUAAUGUUUUCUAAUACAAUAAAUGAUUCAAUUAUGGAUAAUAUGGAUAAUUUGCUUUGUUGCUAAACUAAACUGCAUCAUAUUAAAUUAUGAUGAUAUAUGAUGAUGAUGCACUCCUUUUUUUUAUGAACAGUGCGUAGAUACUGAUAGGAGGAUUAUGAGUUGUGUGGGAGAAGUACAGGUAAAUAUACCAUCAAUCAUCUGCUGGUCAAUGCCAGUCUUGGUAUGCAACAUAAUCAGCAGGUUAAAGAUAAUCCUCUUGUGUGUGAUCAGCCAUAUAAUUGAUGUGGGCAUAGAUGGUACUACCACUGUUUGUCUGUGUGGGGAAGGUGCAAACCCACUAAACGGUUUGUCAAUGAUUUUGUGGGUCAGAUUUAUAUAAGUGAUAGAUAGCAACAAAACAGCAGAAAAGUUUAGCAGCGCCACAAACUGACUCCAUCAUGGUGAUCAUACAGUUCAGGCUACACUUAUGGAGGGAGGAUUUACUGCUUAGAUGGGCUGACCUACAAGCUGCCAACUGCAUGCUCAGACUGUUACCUUUUCUCAUUUUUAAGGAUGCAAUGCUACGUUAGUAACCUCUGUGCAGUAGAUACAAGUUUAAAUAUUAAGAGGCAAGAAAUAUUUUCAAGUAAUUCUGGAAAUGUCAGUACAUCUUGCAAUUUUCAAUUUAAAUUUAGAUAUCCCAACACAUUUUUUUUUUGCUAGCAGGUGCUGGAUUCCUUCCAGCCACUUGUGCUUUAUCUUUUAUCUGCCUGUUUCUCUGGUUGAGGACCUUCCUCCAAAUUCUUUUGAAUCAUCCUGUUGUCUUCUGAAGAAAUGCUGAAAGCAGGAGUGGAGGAGGGAAAGGAGGCAAGAUUCAGCAUGCAGAGACACACCAGUAGGUUAAGGUAAAGAAGGAGAAGGGGGAAAAAAAUGAGCGGGAAGGUGGGGUGGCAUUCUUUUAAGUUUGGAGGGAAAUUUGGAUGAACUUCAGGGAAGUGCUAGUCUCAAAACAACUGAACACAAGUUGUUUUAAACCAAAUUUCAGUCUGUGGAGGUUGUUUUGUUUGAAAAUGUAAAGAAAAAACACUUAAUGUAUAAAAUGUAGUUGAGUUUUUAACUUGAUCGCAGAUCUUUCCAAAAAACAUUUUGUCAUUAGACCUCAGACGACUUACCAAACACUUUAAAUUAAUUGAUGAAUUAGCUUCUUUUUUUUUAUUUUCAUUUUUUUUAUUUGUGUGGGUAGUAGCUGUGUGUGAUCUCAGACUUAAACGUGCACUGAUCUCCAGAAAGACAAGUAUUUAUUUUGUUUAAUUAAAACCUUAAAUGACUGGAGCUGAAGAUCAUUACUUGUCAGCAGAUCAUAUAGUUUUUUUUUUUGUUUGUUUGUUUUUUUGUUUCCACCCUGACUUCUUGACAAGUUUUAAAAAAACAUAUUUAUGUCUUGAGUUUUUAAUAAAAUGCAGCACAGAAUGUAUUAAUGACAUGUAGAUAAGGCAUUUUGCUAUCCUAAACAAGACAUGUUUAUAUUUUAAAGCAGCAUGAGAGGGACUUAAAGAAAAACCGUCUGUUCUGUAAAUAAUAGAUAAUGUACUACACUGUAAACAGUUUGCGUGCCUUUUUUAAAAUGAUAUGAGGGAUUUUUUUUUCUUGUUCUAAAUUUAAUGUUUUCAGAAAUGCAUUGUUUGUUUCAUUAAUGUUUACAGAAACUAUUUUGCCUCCUUAAAAUUCAUGUGCAAACCCUAAAUGAUGAAAUAAAUGACAACAAUGUGAAAAUCAUGUCUCUUUUAAUAGCCUUGUUAAAGCCACAAAAGAAUUUGGAAUAUUUUAAAUCUAAUUUUGGCCAUUGUAGUGUGUUGCUAAUUAAUUUUGUCCAGUGUGAAUCCAUUGUUAUGAUUUAAAUCAUUCAAAACAAGAACACAACCAAUCAGACUUUGUGUUUAAACCGUUCAAUCAGCUUGUACAUGUUGCAACAAUCUUCAGCAGAACGGAGGUUUUGUCUGUCCUCACCUGCCACACCUGAGUCACAUUCAAAUAUUUUUCAUAUACACUCACAUGCAGAGACAGUAAAGAACAAUCUGCCUUAACAAGUCAUUUUUCUUUCAGACGAAAUCGGUUCACUACAAGGUAAAACUCCUUUUCUGUUAGAUUAGUGUUCUGUGUUGAGUUAAACUUCUUGUUGACAGCUUUGUACCUUGCAGAUUGUUGCUUCUUAGGACUCUUUAGACUUCUAAUAAAAGAUCUUCUCUACAUCAUG